AUGCCGGGUCUGGUCGCAUACUCGGGCGCCGGGCUGGGCCUCCUGGCCCUCGCCGCGCUCGAGUCCCUGCCCCUCCGCGUCCCGCCGCUCCGGUUCCUCCCGCGCCGCCUCUCCACGCCGCUGCACCUCCGCCACCUCCUCGCCGCGGCCCUCUCCGCUCUCUGCCUCAUCUCCGCUCUCGUCUCCGCGCACCACCUCUCGCUCCCCACGCUCGCCGCCUCGGCGCUCUUCCUCCUCUACUCCCUCGCGCCCUUCGUGCCGCUCGCGGCGCCGCUGCCUUUCCCCCUCCUCGACCUCCUCCUCGCCGCGGCCUUCGCGCAGGAGCUGCUCCUCUUCGCGCACCGCCGCCCCUCCACCGCCGCCGGGAUCGAGAACCGCUACUUCGACCUGCUCCUCGUCCCCAUUGCGCUCUGCCUUGGCGCCACGCUGCUCGCCGCGCACCGGCCAGGGGAGGCCACGCCGCGGCUCGCCCGUGCGGCGGGCCUGGCGCUGCAGGGCACGUGGAUGCUGCAGAUGGGCUUCUCCUUCUUCACCAGCGCCAUCGCGCAGGGAUGUGCGCUCCACGCCGCCAGCCGCGCCGACUACACCAUUAAGUGCCGCACCCAUGAGGAUUACCACCGCGCGCGGUCUGUGGCCACGCUACAGUUCAACGGCCACCUGGCGCUGCUUGUGAUUGCCGGCGCGGCCGCUUACGCGGCAGUCCUAUCCAGGGCAAACCGACCCCCGAGCGGGUACAGUGUUCUGGGUAAGGAGGUGCAGAUGGAGGGGAUGCCGAUCAUGUCACAGUUCACACUGGAUUCGGAUGAGGAGAAGGAAGACGAAGCAAUCACCUCUACAGCAGCUCCAGUGGCAAAUGGCGCGGAGUCCCAUGACGAGAUCCCACUGCACGAACCCGGUUCCAAGUGA